AUGCAGGAGGCUAUGCAGAGAAAGGUUUUGGCUUCCACUGCUGCAGCUGAAGCACUUGAAGAAGCAAUAUCUGUGAUGGCUAAAAGUGGGUUUGCAGAGCUUAUUGAUUUCAACCCUAUCCGUGCUACGGAUGUGCAAUUACCAGCUGGUGGAACUUUUGUUAUUGCGCAUUCUUUGGCAGAAUCUCAAAAAGCAGUCACUGCUGCAACAAAUUACAACAACAGGGUUGUUGAAUGUCGCUUAGCGGCUAUUGUGCUUGGGAUAAAGCUUGGGUUGAAACCACAAGAAGCAAUAUAAAAUGUCAAAACCCUUUCUGAUGUUGAAGGAUUGUGUUUGGAAUUUGCUGGUACUCAUGGUUCAUCAGAUCCUCUCCUGGCCCUCAAGGAAUAUCUGAAAGAGGAGCCUUACACAACCCAAGAAAUAGAACAAAUUAUUGAAGAGAAUCUUUCAUCGAUUUUUAAAGAUUCCCCAUCUUCAUUAGAUGUGUUAAAGGCUGCAACACACUUCAAAUUAUAUCAGAGAGCAUCUCAUGUGUACUCUGAAGCCAAACGAGUCCAUGCUUUCAAGGACACUGUAUAUUCAAAUUUAAGUGAAGAGGACAUAUUGAAAAAACUUGGGGAUCUAAUGAACGAGAGCCACUAUAGCUGCAGUGUUAAAUACGAGUGCAGUUGCCCGGAGUUGGAAGAACUUGUAAGCAUUUGUCGUAAGUAUGGUGCUCUUGGGGCAAGGCUUACCGGAGCUGGAUGGGGAGGUUGUGCAGUUGCUUUGGUGAAAGAGAAUAUUGUCCCACAAUUUAUUCUCAACUUAAAGUAUGUUUUCAGAACUCUCCUCCACAUCCAAGGUUGGGAACCCUCUACCAACCAUUGACCGCUUCUUUUCAAUAUACGACGACGUAGUGAGAUCAACAAAAAUAGCAGAGUCAAUUGCCAGUAGCCGCAUUAAUUCCGAAAUAUCCCAUGAAAAAGGUACCCCUACCGAGCAAUUAAACUCUGUUUCUCUAUGGGUAGAAGCCGCCUUGGCCACUGAUCUUGAGAUUGUCUCCCUUUUAACUACUCAAGAAGACAAUGAAACUUCAUCUAAACUGCAUAAAAUGUGGUUUUUACGUUUCGUUGAGGAGGCCCUUGAUGCUGGUUUUCGGGUCUUCGGAGAGGGUAGUACUGAUGGAAGAAGAUUGUCCCUCGACUGUGGCUCCAUUAUUUGACCCAGAAGGGGGCCUAUCUAUUCUUGAAUGUCGAAGAAUUUUACAUGUUGUUAAGUGUGAUGGAGAACCACUGUCUGAGGAUCUUCUCUGGCUCCUUUUAACAUGAAAGGCAAGGGUGUUUGGAUCUUGCUGAAUUCAUUACUAGAAUGUGGUUAUCAACAAACAUGAGAAGUUGAUUCAAGGGUGGAGAAAAGAAUUGAAAGACCAACUAGACAAACAGUACCUAACUGAAUUGGGAAAGAGUAUAGCUGAUAGCCAACAGGUUGUU